GGCCCCGCGGUCCUUACCCGAGCGGGGGCGAGGGCGACGAAACCGACCACGCACCGCUUUCCCGCCGCCGCCUUUAAGCCACCGCCGGCCGCUGCGGAGAGGCGACCCCGCCGGCUGCCCGAUGCCGCCCGAUUCCGGCCUCGGCGAACGGGGGCCCGGGCGGGACGCCGUCGUGCUCCUGAUUGGCCGGCGGCGGGGGCCGCCUCGCUCAGACGCGAAGGGGCCGGGCGGGAAAGCCAGCUGUGGCCGGCGCAGAUUGGCGCACGGACCCGGGACUCCCACCCCUCUCCCGGACGUCGCCGGGCUGGUGGGCGGGGGCGGCGGGGCGGGGCCCCGCGGAGGCGCCGCUCGCGAUUGGCCGGCGCGCCGUCCCCCGGGCUGCGGCGGUUGGCGGCCGGCCGGUGCGCGGCGCUGAUUGGGCGGCAGCGCGCUCUGGCCCCGCCCGCCACCGGGGCGGCGCGGCGGAAGGGGAAGUGGGGGGACGGCGGCGGUGGGGAAGAUGGCGUACCAGAGCCUGCGGCUGGAGUACCUGCAGAUCCCGCCGGUCAGCCGCGCCUACACCACCGCCUGCGUGCUCACCACCGCCGCCGUGCAGCUGGAGCUGAUCACACCGUUUCAGCUGUACUUCAACCCCGAGUUGAUCUUCAAACACUUUCAGAUAUGGAGGUUAAUCACCAAUUUCUUAUUUUUCGGUCCAGUGGGAUUCAAUUUUUUAUUUAACAUGAUUUUUCUAUACCGCUACUGUCGAAUGCUAGAAGAAGGCUCAUUCCGAGGUCGGACGGCAGACUUUGUAUUUAUGUUCCUUUUUGGUGGAUUCUUAAUGACUCUGUUCGGUCUGUUCGUGAGCUUGGUUUUCCUGGGCCAGGCGUUCACGAUCAUGCUCGUCUACGUGUGGAGCCGGAGGAACCCGUAUGUCCGCAUGAACUUCUUCGGCCUUCUCAACUUCCAGGCCCCCUUUCUGCCCUGGGUGCUCAUGGGCUUUUCCUUGCUGCUGGGGAACUCGAUCAUUGUGGACCUCUUGGGCAUUGCGGUCGGACACAUAUAUUUUUUCUUGGAAGACGUAUUUCCCAAUCAGCCUGGUGGAAUCAGAAUUCUGAAAACACCGUCUAUCUUGAAGGCCGUUUUCGAUACGCCGGAGGACGACCCAGAUUACAACCCACUGCCAGAGGAGCGGCCGGGAGGCUUCGCCUGGGGCGAGGGACAGCGCCUCGGCGGUUAAAGCAGCAGAUGCCAGCCACCAGCCCCAGCUGGCAAGGACUCAAUGACCCGCCCGUUGGGAUUCUUCUCUCCUUCGUGUUGCGAAAGUGUGGACGCUUUGGACGGCCUGGCAGGUUCUGACUCCAGAAGCACUUUACAGAAUGGUACACUAAUGGAUCCAGAAUGCGCUCGGCAUGGCCGACCGGCGGCCCCUCACCGCUCCGGCCCUGGAAGAGUGAUCUCUCGGGGCCAGUGUGCCGGAGAAACAAAUACCCCACAAUCUCUGGCCCCAUGCCCCCGAGCACUCAAGUCCCGGGGUGUCAGGCAGAGCUCCUCCUCCUCCUCUUCUUUGCUAGACGAGGCCAUGGGGUAAAAGGGAAGUUUCAGAGAGGACACAAUAAAACUGAGUUGCAUCUCUCUCACUGAA